AUGGCAAAAAGCCCACUCGAGACCCGAUCAAUGGAUGUGCCCUACAAUCUGAAAGCGGUGGACCUAUGGGAAAUCGCCUUCCGGUUGACCAAAGGCCGCUACACGAGCUAUGAGCUACAACAUCGGAACAUCCGGGUUCAGGCUACCCAGGAACCUAUCACGAGUAUGAUCAACACAGCUUACGAGGUGUUCAUCUCGCCUCUAGAGCCGACAGUAUCAAACAACAGCAGCGACGUCGAAGAGCUGUGCCUCGUCAAAGUUUACUGUUAUACAAACUAUCAGGACUGUGUUGUGUCGUACUGGCUACCCAAACACACUACGAACUCUGUAUCAUCCACGUUGUUCCGUUAUUAUCGCGAGAAAUUCAUGAACAAGUCGACAUACCAAGUUGAGCAGCCUUUCGUAUUCUGGAAAGGGCUACGGAACACUGGAGAUGGCCACAAAACUGGUAGCACAGUGGAUGAUCACUGGAAGCCAAUAUCACGGUUCUUCAGUACCAGUACUUGUACUGGUAAACUGGAGAAAGAGGGUAUGGUGGACGACCCUCUCAACGACGACAAUUCCGAUGAUAUCAACCGUCAAGCUACAGCAGGUGGCAACCUCCCAUUGGUUCUCAAGAUAGGCUUGGGAACGCAGCCAUGGAAUAUUAGCAAGGCUCGUAAUACACUGAACCGCUUGGACGUUUUGAAACAGAUGUUCGAUGCGUACGUAAAUCGUCUGCUCGCAUACAACUUCCGAGCACAUCUUGGUUUGGUUACUUUCAGCACCAAGUCCUCCGUCUCGCAGAAGAUCACCCACGCUGUUGAGAACUUCCGUCAUAAACUCAACGAUAUGACUCCCGCGGGAGACACGGCCAUCUGGGACAGCAUUGCUCUCGCGCAGGACCAGCUUCAGGAGUACGCCAAGCAAUACCCAAAUGCGAAGCUGAGAAUCAUAUGCAUCUCCGACGGGGAGGACAACCGAUCUACGAACAAGGCACAUAGCCUACCGGCAAGUCUACUACGCGAUGGCAUCGUGGUUGACUCAUUUUGUUUGGGGAAGGGAGUUAAUAAUGCCGAUCUCAAGAGGGUUUCGUUCCUGACGGGUGGAUACGUCUUCCAACCAAAUAGUCUUGAAGAAGCUAUGGCGAUCUGUGAGAUGGAACCCGUACUUUCCUUGUCAGAGCGUCCAGACAUGUCUCACAAAGGUUCUAUCCAUCUCCGCACUUAUCUCGCAAAUCCAGAUCCUUCCAACUUCCGCUUCGCUGAGCGCAUGGGUAAGGUUGAGCAGAUCAGCCGCGACGAGUUUCCAGAGCGCAAGAAGCAUCCACAGCUCGCAGAGUCAUUUGUGGAACUCGGUCAUUUCAGCAGAAGCUCAUCCAACAGUCGUACCGACGGCAAUGUACGUCUGAGCAGAAUUCAUAAUGAGAUUCGUAACUCAGGCGCCAAGCCGCAUCCGCAUUACGACGUCUUCAUCUGCGAAUCGAACAUGGGGCUCUGGAAGGUUGUCAUGCAAGGUAUGUCAACUGUUAUUUCGUCUUCCAAGAAGAUUUCCGUUGUCUUUACCAAACUUCGUACUAACUUGGAUAGGUCCACCCGAUAG